UUUUUUUAAAAGUUUCUAACAUAUCCAAACUUUCUGCUAUUUUCUUCCUUUUCACAUCCACUUUUCUUCACCUGCAUCUCUUAUCCUCUCCGAGUUUCGAUCAUUCAGUGAAAAUUCUCGAAUCCAAAGCCCUAAUUCUGAAAUUUCCCCCCCAAAAAAUGGCAUCCCAAUACUCUAGUGAUCGCGCCUGGAUUCGAACCCGGAUCCUUACCAAUCACCUUCUCAGUUUUUCUUCUCAAUCCGUUUCUCCUCUGGAAUCGAACGUUUGCCUCAGCUAUUCUCCUCCUGAACUCCAUGAAAGUUGCUCUUUUGACACUAACGAGAUGCGGAAAUUGCUUGACAUGCACAAUAUCGAGGAUAGGGAUUGGUUGUUUGGAUUAAUGAGGCAGAGCAAGGUGUUUAAUCCGCAAGAGAAGGGAGGGAGAGUGUACGUAUCGCCGGACUAUAAUCAAUCUAUGGAGCAGCAGAGAGAGAUGACAAUGAAACGGAUAGCUUAUCUGUUGGAAAGAGGGGUUUUUGAUGGAUGGUUGACGGGAAAAGGAUUAGAGUCGGAAAUGAAAAAGUUUGCAUUGUUUGAAGUUCUUGGGAUAUUUGAUCACUCCCUCGCUAUCAAGCUUGGUGUUCACUUCUUUUUGUGGGGUGGUGCUAUCCAAUUUUUUGGGACAAAGCGCCAUCAUGACAAGUGGCUAAGAGACACUGAAACUUAUGCAAUUAAGGGCUGCUUUGCUAUGUCGGAACUGGGGCAUGGAAGUAAUGUCCGAGGAAUUGAAACAGUGACCGUUUAUGAUUCCAACACUAGGGAGUUUGUUAUUAAUACUCCUUGCGAAUCAGCUCAGAAGUAUUGGAUUGGUGGGGCUGCUAAUCAUGCGACGCACACAAUCGUCUUUUCACAGCUCAAUAUAAAUGGAACAAAUCAAGGAGUCCAUGCAUUUAUAGCUCAGAUCAGGGAUGCAGAUGGUAACAUAUGCCCUAACAUCCGGGUAGCUGAUUGUGGUCAUAAAAUUGGUUUAAAUGGUGUUGAUAAUGGUCGAAUCUGGUUUGAUAAUGUGAGAAUACCCAGAGAGAAUCUGUUGAAUUCUGUUGCUGAUGUUUCAUCAGAUGGACAAUAUCUGAGUGCAAUAAAAGACUCGGAUCAGGUAGUUAUUCUUGAGAGAUUUGCAGCAUUCCUAGCUCCUCUGACAUCUGGUCGUGUAACUAUUGCUGUUAGUUCAAUUUACACAUCAAAGAUAGGCUUAGCAACUGCCAUAAGGUACUCAUUAACUAGGCGGGCAUUUUCUGUUACACCUAAUGGACCUGAAGUUCUAUUGCUUGAUUACCCAAGCCAUCAACGGCGACUCUUGCCUCUUCUAGCAAAGACAUAUGCUAUGAGUUUUGCUGGAAAUUACUUGAAAAUGAUAUACUGGAAUAGGACGCCAGAGUCGAAUAAAACCCUUCAUGUUAUUUCAAGUGCAUUCAAGGCUACUUUGACUUGGCAUAAUAUGAGAACACUUCAAGAAUGUCGUGAAGCUUGUGGAGGACAAGGCUUGAAGACUGAAAAUCGAGUUGGUCAAUUGAAAAGUGAAUUUGAUGUUCAGACUACCUUUGAGGGGGACAAUAAUGUUCUUAUGCAGCAGGUCAGCAAGGCACUCCUUGCAGAAUAUGUAGCAGCUCAUAAGAAAAAGAAACCUUUUAAUAGUUUGGGGUUAGAACAUAUGAAUGGACCUUUACCUACAAUUCCAUCUCACCUGACAAGUACUGUUCUCAGAAGUACCCAAUUUCAGAUUGAUGCUUUCUGCUUAAGAGAGCGAGAUCUUUUGAAUCGAUUUGCUGCUGAAGUGUCAGAACGUCAAGCAAAUGGUGAAAGCAAAGAGUAUGCAUUUAUUUCGUCUUACCAACUUGCAGAAGACCUGGGAAGGGCUUUCUCAGAUCGUACAAUACUGCAAACCUUCAUUGACACUGAGGCAACUGUUUCCGUGGGUCCAUUAAAGAAUGUGUUGAGUCUGUUGAGAUCAAUGUAUGCCUUAAUCUGUUUGGAAGAAGAUGCUGCAUUCCUCAGGUAUGGAUACAUAUCAACAGAAAAUGCAGCUGCUGUGAGAAAAGAAUUGACAAAGCUUUGCAGUGAAUUGCGCCCGCAUGCGCUUGCGCUGGUGAGCUCCUUGGGCAUUCCUGAUGCUUUUCUGAGCCCCAUAGCUUAUAACUGGAUUGAUGCAAAUUCUUGGUCCUCUAUCAAACGCUAGUUAUAUGCAUAUUGAUCUCUUCCUUCUGAGCCUCAAAUAAAAGGUUCAUUCGUAAAGUUUAAAUAAGAAUUCUUAGGUAACCCUUUACCCAAAUUGAUGUAAUGCUUCCUGAUUGUAUAACUAUCUAUCUAUCUAUAUGUAUAUUGUUGGAAGCUGAGAUUUUUUGCA